AUGGGAGCUGGGUGCCCGUGGCAGCCACCUGGCACGGCCGCUGAUGAGCUGGAGAUGAGGGGACGAGCGGACCUCGUGUGGGAGGUCCCCCAGUACUCUCCCGGGAAGCGCCCAGACCACGGUGCCGGCGGCGAGGUGCGCGCGGCGCGCGCCUUCGAGCGGGGGGAGCUGGUGGCGGAGUGCCUCUGCGUUCCGAUCGACACCAGGGACAUCGACCGUUGCUACCUGGACGCUUACACAUAUCUGAGAGGGGCCCCUGGCGGGCCGAGGCCGCCGCCGGACCGCCAGACGGCCAGGCGCGAGAUCGGCUCGCUGGGGGAGGGGAGGGGCUGGAGCGAUGCCUGCGCCGCGGCGGCGGGGCCGGCGGAGGCAGCGGCGCAGCAGCAGCAGUAUGCCCAGUCCUUCAACAAAGGCAAAGGAUUCGGCAAAGGAGGCAAGACAGGUACUACGUUCGGUGGAAAGGGUGGCGCCCAGCACGGCGAUGCACCUUCAUCGAGGUGGACUUGUCCGAGUUGCGGCUGCAAGAAGAACAAGCAGGGACAUGGGUUGCUAAUCCGAUGCUGUCUCCCGGUGGUGCUGCUCCUCUUCAUCCUGGCCCGCAAGUUCCAGGGUGACGAAGAAUCAGCAAAGCGUUAUCAACACAAGCUCGACGAGAUGGCCGCAGCCAAGAAGGUUGAGCCCCCCUUGCAGCAGAAGGUCAACCAGGCGUACCACAGCAUGCGGAGCUUGGAGGCCCGACUGUCCAAAGCGGUGGAGUCCUUCGAGCGCAUCUCCAACGAGCUGGUCCAGGCCCGCGCCAAUGUGGAGUCAAUUACUUCGCAGUUGGAGGCCUCGGAGAAGCUACACAAGGAGCUGGUGGAGCAGUUGCACCAGUCGGUGGAUGAUCGGCCUCGGAACCCCGAGGGCUCUGUCAAGCAGGAGGUCAAGAUCUCCAUCUCUGACCUGCUUGGUGGACAACCGCUACCCAUUGACAUGUCCAGCCUUUUGGAGUGGGAAGCAGACUACGACCUCAACGAGGAGGACAGAAACGAGGCUGCGGCUCGGCUCAAGACACUCAACGACGAGAUACAGAAGCAGGCGAAGAAACUCUUUGGUGCCGCGCAGGCUCAUGCUGAACGCGUUCGUAAGGAGAUGGAGGAGCAGAAGUCACGCUUGGCUGGCAAGAAGCGGAAGGAGCUGAAGAUGAUGGUCCGCAUGUGGGUCAUUCAGCCACUGCGCAGGCUCCUGGUGGUGAAGCUCCGGAGGCUGCGGUACGGGCGCGCCAUCGGCGAGUUCUGA